CAGUAGGUGUCGCUAGAGGGCAUGCAGCAGCAGCAGCAGCGCCAUCGAUCAAAGGGGAGAUAAACACAAGUUGAUAAAAACUCUCCAAACUCCGAAGUUGUCCGAGCAACGAUGGAGGAGCGAAGCACCUUUAAGAUUCCUGUUUAAAAAACCCACACAAGCUGGCCACCGUCUGCAUUUAAAUACGCCGUACUAUAUAUAUAUAUAUAUAUAUAUAUGGCUGGUGGUAACCAACAGAACGAAAUACUGAACCUUCCGCAACUGAUGCCAAUUAUUUAAAAUGAAAUAAGAAUUAUGUAAAACACAGACAAGCUCUCAAAGCAUUCUCUUUGAUGCUGUCUUCCAUCUCUUGAAAUAUUUCGUUUGUAAACUUUACCAGGAGGAGAAGGAAUAUUCAUUCUUGCCAAUCUUCUAAUUUACUAGACUUUUGUGAAGAAUUACUUGCUGGCUUUAGUUUGUUUGUUAGAAUUAUUCGGUUUGUGUGUGGUUGUUGUUUUAUUCAUGUUUUAAGGUAAAUCAAUUUUAUUUUGUUCUUAACUUCAUUUAAAUUUUGUUAAGAUGUUUUGGGAGAGGAGCAACGGGGAAAAAUAACUUUUAGGUAGAUCUACACUUGUAUUCUUGAUGUUGCUCAAGGACUCGCACCUUACUAAGUUACUUUUUUACCUCAGUUUGUUUGUUUGUUUGUUUGGAGAUGCAUAAAAAGUAAUUUUUUCUCUCCCCUUCUCGUUUAACAAGUAAGCAAACAUCUCCUGUAGUCAUAAAUAUAUUUAUAAAUGGUGGUGUAUGUUCGUAAUGGAGUCUAAAGUAGUAGAUGCCCAAAACCAGCAUUCAGCAGCAGUUGGUAACAGUUCUAGGAACAGCAAUAGUAGUAGUGGUAAUACAACUGCUUCUGCCACUAGUAGUAGUAGUAGUAGUAACAACAGCAAUAGUAGUAGUGGUGGUAAUAAUAGCAAUAAUGUUGGUAUAAACAACAAUAGUUCUUUGGGAUGUCCCCCGAACAACAGUGUCAGCAGUAGUAACAUGAAUAAUAACAACAACAACAACAGCCGUACCACCACCACAAAUAAUUCUGUAACAAACCAAACUAACAGCUGCAACAAGAAAAACCGGGAAGUUAUCAAUAAUUCUGAUGACCAAUGCUCGACUAUUUCUUCAAGUAAGAUCGAUAACGUGUGUUCGUCUUCGGACUUAGUAAACACGGCCCGCAGCAAUGCAACUCCUUCGAAGUUACAAAAACCAAAAAGUGACUCAAACCAAACGGAUUGUAAUAUACGGGAAUCUGUGGACGAUAAUUGUGAAAGCUCAUCCUCUGUUACAAACCUAUUUUCGUCGGUUUCGGGAUUCUCUCAGUUGCAUCCAACUGCUUCAAAUGAUGCCACACACCUAAACUCUUGUUUCAACCACUGCACAAAUACUUCAUCUGUAUCAAACUCGAAUCCUUGUUCCUAUUCAGUGCCUUUUUCUGAUUCGAACACACACCGUCCGAUAAGUGGAGGAGCAGCUGCGAACCCAUCGCUAUCCCGCGCUGCUGGCAAUUCAAGCACAAGCGGGGGCCCUUAUAACUGGCAGGCCUCCAAGAUAUCUGUCCGAGAACGACUGGCUUACCUCUACAACAAUGAUGUUAUGAGCGAUGUAAAGUUCCGUGUUGGCAAGUCUCCUGACUCGCAGAUAAUCCCAGCGCACAAGUUUGUACUCUCUGUUGGCAGUGCUGUCUUCGAUGCUCUUUUCAACUGGAUGAAAACCAGUAACUACACACACGAAAACCUGAUUGAUAUUCCUGAUGUGGAGCCGAGCGCCUUCUUGGCUUUGUUGCGAUUCCUCUAUUGCGACGAAGUCCAAAUUAAUCCCGAAACCGUCAUGACGACUCUGUAUGCUGCUAAAAAAUACUCUGUGCCAGCACUGGAGAAGGAAUGUGUUGAGUUUUUGAAAGGUAACCUCUCCAGUGACAAUGCCUUUUUGUUGCUCAGCCAAGCGAGACUGUUUGAUGAGUCACAUUUAGCUUCACUCUGUCUGGAAACUAUUGAUAAAAAUACUUCGGAGGCCCUCGCGGCUGAAGGCUUCACAGAUAUAGAUCUCGACACAAUGGCCGUAGUUCUUGAAAGGGACUCUUUAGGAAUCCGUGAAUGCAAGCUGUUCACGGCGGUUUGUCGUUGGGCUGAAGCAGAAUGUCUCCGACAAAAUCUGACAGUUACGCCAGCUAACCAAAGGAAGGUUCUUGGUAAGGCACUUCACCUUAUCAGAUUCCCACUGAUGUCUGUUGAGGAGUUUGCUAGGGACUCUGCUCAAUCUGGUAUCCUUUUAGAUAGAGAAGUUGUAGAUCUUUUCCUAUACUUUAUCAGUUCAAAACCAACCUCCAGCUUUUCAGAUGUGCCCCGUUGCAGUUUGACUGGCAAAGAACAAGUGAUAUCACGUUUCUGUCAAAUUGAGAGCCGAUGGGGUUACAGCGGUACAAGUGAUAGAAUCAGGUUUAUGGUGAACCGAAGAAUUUUUGUUGUUGGGUUUGGUCUCUAUGGGAGUAUACAUGGCCCCACGGAUUAUUUAGUCACCAUUGAAUUACUUCAUGCCGACACAGGUAAAGUUCUGGGCCAAAAUAAUGGCACUUUCCAUUGUGAUGGAUCUACCUCAACCUUCAGAGUCUUAUUUAAGAAACCACUGGAAGUGUUACCAAAUGUCAAUUAUACAGCAUGCACCACUUUAAAAGGUCCUGAUUCUUAUUAUGGCUCCCGAGGUCUGCGCCGAGUAACUCAUGAGACUGUUUCAAGUGGCAAAGUUACUUUUCAGUUCACCUAUGCAACUGGCAAUAACAAUGGCACAUCUAUAGAAGACGGACAGCUUCAAAGUAUUAUCUUGUCUAUUGAGCACAUCACUCAUUUACUCAAUCCUGAACCAGUAUUAAUUUGUGAGGAUAAAGAACAACAAUAUCUUGCGAAUACUGAAGAAAUCUCCUCUCAUCCCAGCCUCUAUAUCUUUUUGAUACAUUUUAAUCCAAAUCCCUGUAACUCUCACAACUAG